GGGAGAGAGUGUGUGUGUCUGUGUGUAGGAGAGAGUGUGCGUGUGUGUGUGUGAGAGAGACUGUGUGUGUGUGUGUCUGCGUGCAUGUGUGCACUGUCUAUUUAAGUCUGGGCAGAGGCAGAACCACAUCAGACUGGAGGAGACAGACUGCAAUGAGGAUGGGAAUGAUGGUGCUGUCAGCUGUUCUCUGCAUCUCUCUGAUGUUCAUGGUUGGAUACGCAUAAGAGAAUCUAUCUGAGAGAUGUCAACCGUCACAGUCUAUGAUUACCAUGGCCAUGCAGUGAAUGCUGUCGAUGGGAACCCUAACCCCAAUUAUUGGAAAUCGUCCUGCACGGCUACACAGAAUGAUAUGGAGCCCUGGUGGAGGGCAGAUUUACACAAGAUACACUCAGUCAGAGUCACCAACAGAGGGGACCGCUGUGCACAAUGUCUCAAUGGGGCAGAGAUUCGGAUUGGAGACUCUCUGGACAAUAAUGGCCACAGAAACCCCAAAUGUGCAACCAUCAAAUCCAUUGCAGCUGGUGGCUCUGAAACUUUCCACUGCGGUGAUAUGCCUGGCCGUUACGUCAAUAUCUUCAUCCCAGGAAGAAGAGAGUAUCUGACUCUCUGCGAGGUGGAGAUUUUCGGGAGCUCGGAAUACAUCCCUGCAGAUCUUACUAUGAUACAGGUCUCCUUUUAUUGUAAGUCGAUAUACUCACAGAAUAAUAACUAUGAUGGUUUUGCAGAGAAUCUAUCUGAGAGAUGUCGACCGUCACAGUCCAGUGUCUAUGAUUACCAUGGCCAUGCAGUGAAUGCUGUCAAUGGGAACCCUAACCCCAAUUAUUGGAAAUCGUCCUGCACGGCUGCACAGAAUGAUAUGGAGCCCUGGUGGAGGGCAGAUUUACACAAGAUACACUCAGUCAGAGUCACCAACAGAGGGGACUGUUGUGCACAACGUCUCAAUGGGGAAGAGAUUCGGAUUGGAGACUCUCUGGACAAUAAUGGCCACAGAAACCCCAAAUGUGCAACCAUCAAAUCCAUUGCAGCUGGUGGCUCUGAAACUUUCCACUGCGGUGAUAUGCCUGGCCGUUACGUCAAUAUCUUCAUCCCAGGAAGAAGAGAGUAUCUGACUCUCUGCGAGGUGGAGAUUUUCGGGAGCUCGGAAUGUUAGUUUGACUUUUAGAGGAGGAGGUCGCC